GAAAUUAUUUUCUCACGGAUCUUCACAUGAGGAAUUAAAUGAAAUUGUUGUUUGCAGUAAAACUUGAGCAAAUUUGAAAUAUUUAUUUUUAAACAGAAUUAUUGGAGAAUUUUUUAGAAAUUUAGAAAUUAGGGCAAUCAAUUUCACGGUAGAUCUGUGAUUUGUGAGGUUGAAGGUUCGCUGCAAAACCCUGCAAAAACCCAACGCCAAGCCGAGUGUCUGUGCAGCCGGAGCGGACUGAAACCUCAACGGAGAAGAAUCCAGUAAUGGCUCUGUUCAAAUCGAAGCCAAAUCUUUCACCCUUUCUGUCUUCUCUCUCGCCGUUCUUACAGAAUCACCGUUUAUUUUCAUCUUCCACUUCAAUUUCCGAGUCUCAACUUCAAGACGAGGACGCGAGCAAUACUACUCCGAAUGCCUCAAAGCCUGUCCUCUUACCGGAAGAAAUCCAGGCCGCCGGUAAAUUCCAUUCCCUAAUUAAGGAAUACUAUCGAAGAAAUCCCAGUCCCGAUCCCACUCCACCAAGCCCUAACUUCACCAUUUCUGCUCUCUCCAACGAACUAUCCCAAAUCUCACCUGUCCAUGCCGUCUCUCCGGCCGUCGUUCGUUACGUCAUCGAGAAAUCUGGUGGCGUCCGCCAUGGCAUCCCCUUCCUCCAAGCCCUCGCGUUCUUCAACUGGGCGACGGCAAGCGAAACGUUCGACCACUCUGCACUGCCCUACAACCAGAUGAUUGACCUAGCCGGUAAGGUGAGACAAUUCGGAUUAGCGUGGCAUUUGAUUGAUCUGAUGAAAGCUAGAAAUGUAGAAAUUACUGUUGAAACCUUCUCGAUUCUUGUCCGGCGGUAUGUGAGGGCUGGAUUGGCGGCGGAGGCGGUUCAUGCGUUUAAUCGCAUGGAGGACUACGGCUGCAAUCCUGACAAGAUUGCUUUCUCCAUUGUUAUCAGCAUUCUGUCCAAGAAGAGAAGGGCAACUGAAGCCCAGUCAUUUUUUGACAAUCUGAAACAUAAAUUUGAACCUGAUGUUAUUGUUUACACUAGCCUGGUCCAUGGCUGGUGUCGAGCCGGUGAUAUCUCAGAGGCCGAGAGGGUGUUUAAAGAGAUGAAGAUGGCAGGUAUUAGCCCUAAUGUUUAUACUUACAGCAUUGUGAUUGAUGCAUUGUGUAGAUGUGGCCAAAUUACUCGUGCCCAUGAUGUUUUCUCUGAGAUGGUUGAUGCUGGUUGCAAUCCCAACUCAGUUACAUUCAACAAUCUUAUAAGAGUCCACGUGAAGGCUGGUAGAACAGAGAAGGUUUUGCAAGUGUACAAUCAAAUGAAGAGAUUGGGUUGUGCUGCUGACAUAAUUACUUAUAACUUUCUUAUUGAGACUCAUUGUAAGGAUGAUAAUCUUGGAGAGGCUACAAAGGUCCUCAACUCUAUGGCUAAGAAAGGCUGUACCCCGAAUGCGUCGACCUUUAAUCCCAUAUUUAGGUGUAUCGCGAAGUCGCAUGAUGUAAAUGGUGUUCAUAGGAUGUUUGCUAGGAUGAAGGAUCUGGGUUGUAAGCCAAAUACAGUGACGUACAAUAUCUUGAUGCGGAUGUUUGCAGAAUCGAAAUCUGCUGAUAUGAUUUUCAAGUUGAAGAAGGAGAUGGAAGAAGAAGAAGUUGAGCCUAAUUUGAAUACUUACCAAGUACUGAUAUCGUUAUAUUGUGGGAUGGGGCAUUGGAACAAUGCCUACAAGUUCUUCAGGGAAAUGAUUGAGGAGAAAUGCUUAAAGCCCAGCAUGCCCAUCUAUGAGAUGGUUCUGCAGCAGCUGCGAAAGGCGGGACAGUUGAAGAAGCACGAGGAAUUGGUGGAUAAGAUGGUCGAGAGAGGUUUUGCCUCACGGCCCCUUUAGAGUACCUGGCUUCUUUUAUACUCGAAGUUGUAGUUACGUUGGCAAAGUGUCGACCGACACAAGAAGAAGUUAAAGCCCCAUUUGAUAACUAUAAGUAUCACCCAGCAGUUUGUAUGGCUGGAGUCAUUGCUUUGAUUUUGUUAAGAUCCUAUGUGAAUUGGCCUGAGGCUGCAAAUUGCGUGGGCUGGGAGAGCUGUCUACGACAA